AUGCAGACUUGGUCCGGAACGGUUGUGCGGUCGUCGUCGGUUGAUCCCGUGGGUCGUCCUGGGGGUUGUCCUUAAGGGAGGCAGGAGCAGGUGGAGCAAGAAGAAGUGAGGUGGCUUCUGCACGUGGUGUGCUUUUAAUUGGAUGCUGUGACGAUUCGUUGUUGGGAUUAAUGCAGUCGAUGGAGACGGAUGGUGCGUUUGGAGCAAGUCAUGAUCCAGCUGAGCUAGUGCUGUCAUAACUCGGUUAGUGGAGUAGUGCUGACGAUGUCGUAAGAAGAAGAAGCUGCCAAACUAUUCAGAGUGUGUCAGCGUGUCCUUCGUGCGUGAGAGAAGAACCGAUCAAUUCGGAGCGAAGAGAGAGAGCGAGUCGUCCUGGGGCUCGUGAGUUGUCGUGAAAGCUCGACGGAUGCUGCACACCGUACACGGCUCUGAACGUGAUUCUUCGACCCGCACUUCGGGUUCGGCUUCGAGUGUGGAGUGAGGUUAUGGUUUGGAUCCCGCGCUAGGACCGUGUUUGUGGAGAAGAGGAAAAAAAUCUUACUCGUUUGUAUGUGUGUGUGUGUGUGCCCGUGCGUGUAGUUCACGGUGAAGCUGCGUACCCUCUUGUUCUGGAGAUUGGAUUCGAGGAGCUGGAUGUACUGGUCCCGCGGGCCUUCCGAGGUUGUAUCGCGCGAGUGUGAAAAAGAGUGUGUGCGAACAGUGCAUACAGUGAUCCAUCAAGUUGAGAAAAAAAAGAGUACGUCAAACAAGAGGAAGAUUCUGCAAAGGAUAAAUCUUGCUUCGCAACUUUGUGACAGCUGUUUUGGAGGGGGAGAAGCUUCGUUCGAUUAAUCACGUCGAAUUUGGAGAAUGCAGCAAAAGUUUACCAAAAAAUUCAUCGAUUAACCGUUAACCAGAGUAGUGCAGCCAGUUGUUCAAUAAAUAAGCAUUAAAGCAUAAAUUCAUCAAUAGUUGAUCCAGUGUUCUUAAAAAUAACCACUCUAAGCAUAGUUUAAAUAGUUUCAAGUAGUUGCAGUUUUAAAUUUGAUGUCAAUCAAUUAGCAGUUCAAUAAAGUUAAUAUCAACAAGUUUAAAAUCCUAACGUAAAUUUAAAGUGAAAAAAUAAAUCGUUCAAAAUUUGAAAAGUUUAACAAAUCUUACAAUCAACAGCACUGCCGCCGCGUUUCUCGCGUAUAAAUGCAAGAAGUCGUUCAAAGCAGCCAAGUGUUCAGAGAUCGUUUGGCAGCAGCAUUAACCGUUGGAAGUUUCAACGGCCUGCCACGAGGACCAAUCCAAGCAAUUCCACAAUCUAAUUAGGAUGACUGGAACCCAAGGUCACGAAAUAGUUAAAGCUUCCACAUCGUCACUAGCAUCAGUUGCCACAACUGCGUCGUCAGAUCCGGACGAUCUGGACGAUCCAACAUCACCGUCAACGGUCCGAAAGCGCUCCCGCCGUAUGAGUAACUUCCACAGACAUCGCCACAAAAAGGACUGCGACGACAAUUCUACCGGCGGUGGCACAAUGUCCUCCCCCAAUAGGAGCAAUUGUGUCAACUGUACCACUCGAACUCGUCUGGACGAGGACUUUCCUGUGCCGGAAGUAGCCACCAGUUGGCACGACGGAACUAGUGACCACCGCCGCGAGUCCCGCGUAAUCACUGCCACUGCCAGUAGUAGUCCCACUAGUAGCGCUAUCAGUUCGAGUCCUAGUUGGAGCAACAACCACAAAAGUCAACGCAGCUGGAAUGUGAUGCUGGCCACGUGUCCUGCCCUGUUGCUGCUCCUGCUGGCGUCCCCCCUCAUCCGGCUCGGUGGAGUCGAAGCCGAGCCGGCGUCCCGGGUGCUGACGGCGGCCCAGAAGCAGGCCCAACUAAACCAACAGAACCAGCAGCAGCAGCGCCACCAGUGUGCCAUGUCGGAGCACACGUGCAACAACGGGCGCUGCGUCCCGCUGAACAAGUACUGCAACAAUGUAAACGACUGCGGGGACGGCAGCGACGAGCCACGGUUCUGCACGAGAUGCAACCGAACCUACUACGGCAACAUUGGCUUAACGUACGACCUGGAGCUGCACCGGCCCAAAGAGGACCGAAUUCCGUACGUGUGCAUCCUGACGUUUACCGCGGCCGGCGGCAACAACGGGGAUAUUGUCCAGGUCACGCUGGAAAGCUUCACCCUGGGCAAGUUCGUGUCGUACACGGACAAUGGCUGCCCGGACGGGUACCUGCAGGUGGCGGAAGCGUCCCGCACCCCGGUCGGUGGUAUGUGGUGCGGCACCACGUGGGGACCGGCCAUCUUCUACAGCGAGACCCGGUCACUCGUCAUGACGGUCAAAUUGCUCAAACUCUCCCGGGACCAGAGCGGGUACAACUUUGACUUCCGGAUACAGUACAAAAUGCUGUCGCGGGACAGUGCCGUGGUGCGGUACGGCGGCAUCCGGCACGAUCCGGUCACGCCCUGGACCAACGUCACCUACAUUCCCAAUUAUCCGAUAAUUGACGAUUUCACCAACUCGACGGCCCACUCGGAGCAGCAGUACGGCACCGGUUACGACCCGGGCGGAGGAGGAGGAGGAGGAGGACAGACCGGUGCCGGUAGUGGCCGACAGGUGGAGCUGAGCUUCAACAAUUCAACCGGACGCGCGAUGACCGGACUGACUGGGUUCGGCAAUGGCAGCGCUGCACACGUCGGUGGUUCCGGUGGUCUUUUUGGCCAAACGCGGGACCGGCCGUAUUCAAUUAGGAACCUUACAUCGCUCGCGUUCCAGCCGGUUGGCUCGAGGGAGGAAAACUAUACGGAGCCGAAGUACUAUCUGGGUGACCUGAUGCCGGGAACGUACUGCUCGAGGAUUUUCACCAACUGCGAUAAGAAGGCCUGCCGGUUGCAAUCGCCCAACUUUCCAGGCGUCUACCCGAGAAAUCUGACCUGCUACUUUGCCGUGCGACAGCAUGACGUCCCAGCGGGCAAACAUGCCUUCAUCGUGAUUAGCCAGCCCAAGGGCAAUCUGGUGUGGAUCUCGACGGAGGCGUCCGCGGCCGGAAGUGGCCCCACGGGUUCCGGCGGAGGGGGUGGAGGCGCAGGUGGGGGAGGUGGAGGAGGUGGCGGCUCGAGCAGUUCCACCAACGACAAGGACAAGUACAAACCUCGGCUGCACACGUGGAACGAGUGCGACAGCGUGCAGGACAGUACAAAUCCCAAGUGGAAAUCCACGGACUACAUCACGGUGUACGACGGUUACACGACGCGCGAUCCCAUCAUGCUGAAGCUGUGCGGGGGCGGCGAAGCCAUCCCGCCGUCCAUCUCCAGCGGGCCGGAGCUGCUGGUCGAGUUCACCACGUCGCCGUUCGGAACGUUCAGCAGUCCGGAAACGAGCGCCCACUCGCUGCACGGCUUUCAGCUGGAGGUCUCGGUGAAGUUCGUCGACCUCCAGAGUCCCACGUACGCGAAAAGCAAACGCAUCUGCGAAUUCUGGCUGCGCGGUACCGGUCACGGGGUCCUGCAAAAUCCCCAGCACUCGUUAGCCCCGAACACCACCUGUCUCUAUCACUUGCAAGGUACGGAAGCACGCUCGCUGGACGCGAUCAACAUCCCGCGGAGAUCGGGCGCCUUCUCGACGUCGCCGACGCGCUUCAAGGUGUGGAUCUCCGUCAUGAAGUUUGAGCUGGCAUCGCCCUUCGGGACCGUGGACGAUCAGCAGCUGCAGUUCCAAACCAAGGAAGACUGCAGCGGAAUGCUGCGCAUCUGGGAUGGUCCGCUGAGGGAGGUGCCCGUUUGCAAGGACAUUGAUUGCUUGACGGUAGACAAGGACGGCCACCAGCGGCCGAUGGUCCGCUUUGGCCAGAACAGUACCAACGUGAUCGCGCGGUUCUGCCGCGGGUCGGUUCCCCGCUCGUGUGACCACGGAAUGCUCAACAUGUCCAGCUCGCGCCCGUGUACCCUCUCGGAGAGCUUCGUGUCCAGCAGUGACUUUGUGACGCUGGAGCUCAAGACGACGGAAUCGACGGUGCUGCGGCCGCUCCAGUUCGCCCUCAAGUACGAGUUUGUGGACUUUUUGCAGGAUGGUGUUCCGUUCGCUGGUGAACACGAUUGCAACCGGCGGUUUUCCAGCAGCCAGAUCGAGAAGAAGGGAGUGCAUCCGGUGCGCAGCGUGCGGAACAUCUUUCUGUUUGGCCGGGGUGGGGCAAAGCAUUUGCAUUGUAUCUACCGCUUUGAGGCGCAACGCGGCGAGCGCAUUCGGCUGGAGGUGACCCGCGCCAUGACGGGCAACCGAACGUGCGAUUCGCGCGUGGAUCCCGACACGGGACGAUCGUACUGCUUCGGCGAUCCGAGCGCCAAGAUCGAGAUCUUCGAGCGGCCGUGGCACGAAUCGAUCGUGUUUCCGCGGGGUUGCAUCUGCAACUCUACCAAUCGGUCCUUCCUGCCAAUCGUGUUCAGCUCGACGGGGCGCGAGGUGGAGAUUCACUUCUCCGCCGGGAACAUGACCGCGCUAGACGAUCCGGACACGCUCAACUUUGAAGCGACCUUCGAGUUCAUCAAGGCGCCGGUCAUCUGUAAGGACGUGCGGCGGAAGAACGCCGUCACGGGGAUCGUCAAGCUGUCCGCUGGGGAGAUGGAGUGCCGCAACCGACCCUGGCUGAUCGAGCCCUCGCACGAGAAGUACCUCUACGUUCGGCUGCGAGGUCUGCUGCUGCGCAAGAACAAUCCCGCCGUUCCGCUGGAGUACAACACCAGCCUCAGCACCGUUACGCCGAUCCGGUGUCCAACGAAGGCCCGCGUGGUCAUCACAAACAGCGAGGGCGUCUCCGUAACGGCGUGUCCCCUGCCGGACGACACCUCCCACCGACACGUGGUGGAAGUCUUCAGCGCCGGCUGGACCCGCAAGCAUCCCCACUUUGGAAUUGAACCCUCGAAAGUGAUCUCCGUUGAGUUCCUACAGCCGGACAACGGCGCGUACUCGUUCAGCUGGCUCGAGCUGACCAAGCGACCGGCAAAGUCAUUCGCCCUAACCGUCGCCGAAGAGUGUCCGUUCCAGUGUCCGGACCUGAACGCGUGCGUCAACGAGUCCAUCUGGUGCGACGGGAUCGCGCAGUGUCCGUCCGGCGAGGACGAAUCGUUUACGCACUGUUCGGCGCUGCUGCAGCUGCCGGCCGAGAUACUGGCCGGCUUCAGCGUGCUGCUGCUGCUGCUGUGCUGCGGACUGACCGCAUACCUGUACCGCAAAAUCCGCCGCAACUGCCGCCGGACGUCGGUGCUCCAGACGCGGCUCAAGUCGCUCAGCUCGAUGGACACGGCCGUGUUCGACGAGAAGGAGGUGAUUUGCUGACAAAGCGACAAUUCUGUACGGUACGUGGAGAUUGACCGCGUCACCACGGUCUGACCACGCACCGUACAGAAUUGUCCCCCCGCCGAGUACUCUCCAAGCUCCUGUCGGAUUCUGCUCCGCCGACACUUCCCGCCAAUUUGCGCUCUCCGUUUGGGUACGUUUUAAACUCUUAGUAAGAAGGGAAGAAGGUGUUUGUGGACGGUAGGAGAGAUAGGAUCAACUAAUCAAAAAACCAAAAGACAGACUCAAACUAAUAGUAAAAAACACACACACACACUUGUUGUAUUGCAGCAAUUCAGGAGCAGAAGCAGAUGAGAAUAGGGCUAUCGUUAGGUCGAAUUACUUAGGAAAGACACAAAUACUUACACAAAGAGAUUUCAGAACAAGAGUUGUUAAGCGCGCUGAUGAUGCGAAAGGAAGAGACUAAACUGUCAUUUUUGUACUACGUUUUAGUAAUACUUUAAUAACAAAUCAAGGCUCCCGAAGACAGAUUUGUAAUCUUACUGAAUUAAACUGAACAAAAGGCAAAUCAAACUUAGCGAACGUUUUAAGAAAUUUAGCUGAAACAUUCGAGUGUGGCAGAACCAAACUGUUCUUUCCCUGCCCACGGAUUUUGGUGAGCAGUCUUAAGAACAGACACGCUUUAAAAUACUUAACCUUGAUUCACAGCAGCGAAAGCUUCUUCUUUGCUCCUCUCUCAAGUUCGAAAUAUCUGUAAAAUGAAUCGCUAAUUCAAGUGAAUGUCAUGAUUGUCAUUACGAUGCAACCGCAGUCAAAGCACACGAAAUUGAAACGAACGAAACCGAGCUCGGCACUCAAGCAGCCGCCCGUCACCAAGACACAUGCUAUCUCUUUUUUAUCUCUCUCACCUUCUCUUUUUCUUGCUCGUGUGGUGAUGCGUGUUGACAGCUAACAUUUGAAUGCAAUCCUGGGGAUGUGAGAUUGCCGCAAGGUCUUUGAUGACAUCGUCAGUUCGACAUCUGAUGUUGAAUGCUUUUUAUUUUAAUACAUUCGAACAAUGUUUGUAAACAAAACUGAACACUUGAAAGGCCGGCACAUCACGCUUUUUUUGAGCUUGAAAUGGUCUUUGAUUAUUUUCAACCAAUCAUAAUAAA